AUGAUUGACAUGAAUAACGUUUUCAAUUCACUACCAAAAGAAUUUCCAAAACUUCCAAAGUAUGGGGAGUGUUCCUCAAAGAUCCUCGUCGAUGAAUUCUGCACCGAGAACUACAAGCUCGACAAAGACGCAGCUCGCUACUACACUUCUGCAGACGCCUACAGCACAGCGUUCAACCGCUACAUGUUUACUCUGGACUGGAAGAAAUCUGGAGACCAAAAAUGCACGAACCAAUGCAGGCAGAUAUUCGGCGACGGCUUCACCACCUCGUGUACGUGUUCUCACAACUCGCAUACGAUGGCUCACAAUGGCACCCUAUCCCUUGAUUGUGGCACGGCCAGCUUCGAGAUCUUCAACCCAGAAACUGCAUCCAGCGACCUGACCUGUCAAGACUCUGCCACCGUGAUCCCAUACAACGUGUUUUCGGGGUUCGACGGCAUUAUAUACAAGGAGUUCUGCGAAAGAUGGACCCCGACGUCCCUCAUGCGCAUGGUCGUCGACUCCAAAGGAACCUCAAAGAUCCCACACCCACAACUCGGAAAGCGCACGCCGCCGGCCAAGCAAGAAGAUUGGCUCGAAUACCACUUCGACCUACGGUUCAAGCCCGAGGUCGGCGCCCAAGCGAACAAGGAGUGCAGGGUAGGCUGCAAGGACGCGUUUGCCGUGUUUCCGGCGUCAAAAUGCGGCCGGCAGGGAAGCAAGGGCAACUCGAUGGCCACCUACGCCGAGUACGACGUCGGGUGUGGAAAGUUCAGUUACCAGAUCUCCAAGCCCACGCCGCUGACCCUCCAGGAGCGGCACUGUUUCCGCGCCGACGAGUUUGGCGAGCACAAGGAUAUCAACCCCGGUUUUCAGAGUAAGUAUAUCAUGGGUGCGUGCGUCGGGACGGCGUUGAAGGAGAAUGUGAUACGCAAAGACAAUCCAAGCAGCUUCAUCCACUCUGGCACGGUGACCAACGGAGCGCCGUAUCAGUAUAAUAUUUACUGGGAGGAGGGAUGCAUAUUGGAGACCGGGGCGGAAAGUGUUAGCCCUGCGCAACCUCUGGGGCCAACUCACGAAGCCACGUGCGCAAAUUUGCUCCGGGACAACUUUAAAAAGUGCAACAACGGAGGUGUUGGUGGUAGGAUUCAAGCAGGGUGUCUAGUUUAUGAAUUCAAGGCCGAGAAGAGGGCGCCCUAA